UAACUUGUGCAGUAUGGCCGGCAUAUCCUUUAAAAUUAUGGGCGAUUGCAUUCUCGUAGUGUGCUGAUAUCUGAAUAUCCGCCAUAUCCAUUCCCAAAUCCAUCGCAACCCUGAACGGGGACACGUGAUAGCGAGAUCAUGGUGGCCUUUAAAGCAAGGCGCGUGGCCCACGAGACCAUCUCCUUCCCAUCUCAGUUCUUCCAUCUGCAUCUAAACAAUGUCCGGCAAAGAUCGCUUCAUCAACGUCACUACUCGCGGUAACUAUGCAUUGGUCUCCAUCCGCCGUGAGCCGGUUAAUAGUAUGAACCUGGAAAUGUGGGAGCAACUCCUCGAAACUCUCACUUCUCUCGAGAACGACAAAAAAGUCCGUGGGGUUGUAUUCCAUUCUGGACUCUCUCGGCCGGUUUUUACAGCUGGGAACGACUUGCAAGAAUUAUAUGCCCCAGCGACAAGCCGUGAACGAUACGAAAAGUUUUGGAAAGUCUCAAACACCUUCCUUGCGCGACUGUCAAACUCGCCUUUGGUAACGGUUGCGGCCAUCAAAGGUGCUUGUCCCGCUGGCGGAACAUGUAUGUCUAUUGCUUGUGACUACCGCGUCAUUACUACGGACGGAACCAUGGGUCUGAACGAAGUGGCCCUCGGGAUCAGUGUCCCACCCAAAUGGAUCAAGUUGAUGGCCAGUGUCAUUGGGCAGGGCAAAACUGACAAGCUUACUCAGUUUGCUAAAAUGGUCAAGGCAAAGGAAGCAUUGGCUAUUGGUCUCGUCGAUGAGGUUGUUCAAGAUGAAAAGGAACUCUUGGAACGGGCGGAAACGGUCAUGCAAGGCUUGUUGAUGCUACCCGACCCUGGAAGGCAGCUAACAAAGAACUCCCUGAGGGGAGCGUUGGCAAAGGAAUGGGCUGAUGAACGGUGGCUUAACAGUGAAGCUGAAACCGCGUGGAAGAUGCUGUCGUUGCCUUCUACCAUCAAGGCACUAGAGGGCGUAUUUGCUCGGUUGUCAAAGGCAAAGAUGUAGUGCAGAUGGUUAGAUCACUAGAUAGUCUGGUCGCUGGCAAAGGAGACCGCUGUUAAAACAUUGCAACUGCAUUCCAUCGGACAA